UGACUGAGUUAGAGAGGGAGGAGAAGAGAGGAGUUCAUGGAGGACCGCUGUGCAGAAAAAAAUAUGCGACCCGAGUAAAUUCUCAGGCGUCCGUUAGGAAACCAUGAAGUGUCCUUAGCGAGUUUUCGGCGAAGAGAAACGGAGAAGGAAAGAGGAGGGAGGCAGUGCUCCGACUUUAUUCCACCGAAGCGAUAGGACACCGGACAAUAACUUCAGUGCAGGAUGCAGGGACUUUCAGCUUCGGACCUGCCGCCGUCGUCUCUGCAGUACCAGUGUAGAUCAGUGGACUAUCUAUGUUCACCACGCCUGGUGAAGAAGGGUCCCACUCCCAGACCAUGUCACGACAGGCCUGCCAUCAAACCCCGGCCUCAUCCCCCCUCACCCAGACUGUUCGGGGCACAGAAACCUCAAGUGCCCCCUAAACCUCUGCACCUGCUGGCUCUUGGGCAAGACAAGAAGCCGAAGACCAUUCCUCCAGCACCCUCAAGGCCGCUGCCGGCACCUCCUCCUCCACCGAAACCAAAGCCCAGCCUCCCCCUUCUUGGUCUGGGUGCACCUCCGCAGAGAGAGGCCCAGAAGGUGGGCUUGCUCAUCGAGAGGUUUGAGAACUCAAGGAUCCCCAUCCUGGGGGUGGUCCCACGAUCCCAGCUGCACCUGUGUCUGAGGAUGGACACUACAUCCGACGUCACUUCUUCCUGCAUCCAGGACACCUCUGCAAAGUCUGCAGAAGACGCCCUCCUUAUGGACAAACUUGCACUUGGCACCUCUGAACGGACUGAGGAGGUGACGGAACUCUCAUGUCUGGCGUCUGUGCAUAUCGACAGCUCAGAUGAUGUACUGUUGGAUGACUGUCCAGAGGAUGACAUCACACAAACCCUCACAGGCUCCUCCCACCAUCUCCUGGACAAUCCCGAGUCCUCGGAACAAAAUGGAAAUGGGAAGAUCCCUAAUAGGGACAGCGGCAUUGACAGCCCAUCAUGUGCUGCAGAAGGAGAGGCUUUUCCUAACGAGGACGCCAUCGAUGAGGAGGACCAUUACGACAGUGUCACUGAAACAGAGAGCGUGUCCUGCUGCGUUACCCUGGGCAACAAGCGAGAUUCCACGCAGGAUGAGGACAGUGAUUUAGAUGAGGGGAGCAGUGGGGAGAUACACUCUUUGACAGAAACACAAAAUGUGUUUCUAACAGACACGCUCUCCGAUGUGCCCAAAUUCUCAGAGGAUCAGAAGCUCCUGAACAUCGCCAAAGAGCUCCUCCACACAGAAGAGGCCUACGUCAAAAGACUCAACCUCCUUGACCAGGUAUUUUGCACUAAGCUAACAGAAGCUGGAAUCCCUCAGGACGUCAUUACAGGGAUCUUUUCAAACAUCUCCUCCAUCUACUGCUUCCACGACAAGUUCCUGCUGCCUGAGCUGAAGACGCGCAUCACCGGGGAAUGGUACAUUGGGCCUGUGGAUGGGAAGAACUGCUUUGAUUUGGUUCAUAUCAGACAACUAUCAAGGGACUCCAUCCCUCGUAUUGGAGACAUCCUCCAGAAACUUGCUCCAUUCAUGAAGAUGUAUGGCGAGUAUGUGAAGAACUUUGACAGAGCCAUGGACUUAGUCAACACAUGGACGCAGAGAUCGUCACAGUUCAAGAGUGUUGUUCAGAAUAUACAGAAACAGGAUGUGUGUGGGAAUCUGACGCUGCAGCACCACAUGCUGGAGCCAGUUCAAAGGAUCCCUCGCUACGAACUUUUGCUCAAAGACUACCUGAAGAAACUCCCCAGUGACGCACUCGACCGAAAAGAUGCAGAGAAGGCGCUGGAGCUCAUCUCUACUGCAGCUAACCACUCCAACGCAGCAAUCAGGAAAAUGGAGAAGAUGCACAAGCUGCUGGAGGUUUACGAACGGCUCGGAGGAGAGGAGGACAUUGUUAACCCCGCCAACGAGCUCAUCAAAGAAGGACAUAUCAAGAAGAUGUCAGCAAAAAACGGCACAGCACAAGACCGAUACCUCUACCUGUUUAACAGCAUGGUGCUAUACUGUGUGCCUAAACUCCGAUUGAUGGGACAGAAGUUCAGCGUCAGAGAGAGGAUCGACAUCGCCAGCAUGGAGGUGCAGGAGAAUGUGAAGCAAAACCUUCCUCACACGUUCGCUAUCAUCGGAAAGCAGCGCUCGCUGGAGCUGCAGGCCAGGACGGCUGAGGAGAAGGAAGACUGGAUCCAGGUGAUCCUGGCUACUAUUGAGCGACACAAACAAAACAGCGAAACAUUCAAUAAAGCUUUCAACAGCUCCUUCUCGAGGGAUGACGACCACCAGCCCGACUCGCCGGGUCUUUGGUGUAACACGUCCAUAGACUCUGACAGCGAAAGACUGCAUGAAAGGAAGAGCUCCAGGAAAAAAGAUAAAGAGAAGCAGACGUGUAAAGGCUGCAAUGAAAGCUUCAAUUUCACAAAGCGCAAACACCACUGCAAGUGCUGCGGAGCGGCCAUCUGUGCAAAGUGCUCAAGAACCUUAGACAUCAAAACGAGUCGAGUGUGCCCAGAGUGUUUUGAAGCCAGCCUCAGUAUGGAGAACUUAAAUGUUAGUGAACAGAAAAGGAAAGCGCCGCCUGAGAGACAGACAUCUCUGACCGGUGACAACUGUUUGCUGAGCAGCCACCUGCAAGUGCAGGAAAAAGGGAAGAGCUGGACCAGAAUGUGGGCCGCCAUCACCAAAGCUGAGCCCCUGGUGCUCUAUUUGCAAAGCAGUGGCCAAGAAGCCAAGGGAGCACGGGUGGUGUCUCUGCCUGGGUUUGAGGUGAGCGUAGUACCUACAAACGACAAGUCCGAGGUCAGACACGCACUCCGGCUCAUUCACGGCCAGCAAGCAUUGCUCUUAAGUGCCCACGAUACAGAACUGCAGGCCAAGUGGGCGGACGUCCUUUCCAAAGCAGCCCGCGGGGAAUCGGCCUCAGACGCUUUGACCAACCAGACUGAACACGGAAAGAGCCAGUAGAGGCCAUGACAGAGACUUGCUGCCCCGUCCUCCAUCCCUCGCCUGUGGACAGAGCACACAUUACUUGAAUUCACUUUACCUUGGCACUUUUGUUGUUGUUUUUUUUUUGUUUUUCUUUGGAAGAACCACUCAAUCAGUCUUAUUAUGAGCACACAGCGAUUAUUAUUUUUGAUUUCUUUUUUGUUUUGUUUUAAAUCUCUGCAACAC